AUGGCCAUCUUAACAGAUAAGGCAGAGUCCAAAGAGACGCAGCGACCCCAAAGUCAAGCUUCUGAUGAGCGACCACCAUCAUAUUCGGCCGAACAGGCCGAGCAGCCACCGCUAGAGCUCAAGCUGAACCUGGGCUCUAUCCCUUCUUCCAGCGCUACUGUCACUCGCGACCAGUGCGUCGCCCACCUCAAAUUUCUAGCCGUGCUUGCGGAUCUGCGGGAUUCCAUCUCGGGUGAAGAUGGUCUCUUUGGGAUCUUUGAUUCAGAGGCAGAAAGAUUCCCCGAUUCGCUGAAUGAAGCACGAGCUCGUAUUCGCGAGAAGCGCUGGGCUGUGUACGUGGCACGCGCUGUUCAUCGAUACACUACCUGGUGGUCGGUUGGUCUUCCACGGUCACGACAAAUGGCAACAAUUGCGGAUUUGGAAUCUGCUGAAUACGGAGAUAUUGUGAGAUGUGAUACUCUAGUCGCUUGGAGCCAAGAGAAUCUACCCCCUCUAGAUAUUCUGAUGGUUUGGCACUCUCACUCGUUGAACCCGCGAUGCUUCCUUGAGGAUUGUAUACGAUAUGGCAAAAUGAGCACCUGGAGAACCGGGUUCCCAUGGAAAGUGAUUGACAGCUGCAUCAACAAUCAAACAAUGGAAUACACGGUCUCCGAGGAAGCACAGCAACUCUUCGAAGGCAAACUUAAGUUCAGAUGGAAUAACCUGGACGAUCCACCUGCUAAGGACGUACAAUGUCCAUACUGCAAAAAGGUCAACGCUGUGCCGUGGACAGAAGCUCGCUUUGGCGAGUCUGUCGACAAUGCAUUCAGAUUUGGCGACGGCUAUGCUGACAACAACUUUGAGGUGCAAUGCAAGGGCUGCCAACACAUCAUCGAUCAUGGCCGACUCAAGGUGGCCAAGUUCCGAAAGGACCUCCAAGCCACUCUGCACCAAAACCUGCCAAUGCCUGGCUCAUUCACCAAUCUGUAUGGAAUUCCAGAAGGCACCACGGCGGGAUACAAUAAUCCGAGAUUCCUAGCCAUGAUGUUCCCAACUCGCCUCGUCAAAGCGGCUGGGGCUGAUUUAAUGAGCUUUACGGAUGGACGAGUGGAGUGGUGCCGCGAUAUGCUUCAACUCCGGGAGAGACUCGAGACCAAGCUCAGCGAUCGAGCCAUAAUAUUCAGUGCCAAUGGAGGUGCAAACAGAAGGUUCCUCAAGCCAAUAGAGAAGGUCCACUUCCGACGAAUGAUGUCGCGGUACUGGGACAAUUUGGAUCCAUUCGCAUUGGAUCUCGUGGGUGCAGUGGUCCGACAAGGGAGCUUCGUGGAGAAGAUGGAUCAAAUCGAUUGGCUACAUUCACCCGCAGUCUUCGAGACCAUGGACCGAAUCAUCAAAAAGUACGAAGUUUUCUUCCAAAUCAUGCUGGACAACCCAAACAGCAUGGCCGUGCCCACCCUAGACGUCGACCUAGCCUGGCACACCCACCAACUCAGCCCACCCCGAUACUACAACUACAGCACCAGCGGGACCAAUUCAAAAGCCAACACCAUAACAAUGUUCAUCGACCACGACGACAAAGUCGACGAAGAAAAACUAUCAGACGGCUUCGCCUGGACAAGCAAGAUGUACCGCCGAGCCACAAACGGAGGCAUCUACAGCGAAUGCACCUGCUGGUACUGCGAAGCAACCCGAGCCCCAGACCUGUACGACCGCCUAAUCGCCGUCGGCUCAGUAUCUCGAGCCCGCGAUGCCGCAGACCAGUUACACAGCCGACCAGAUAUCUCGUCCGACCCAAACAAAAACCCUCACAUAUCAGCCCACAAUGCCGUCCGGCCAGCGAGCCUGUACGCCCCGAAAACGCGCGCCCAAACGCUCCAGUUCCUGCGCCUACAAAGCAAUCAUCAGAAGGCUGCCCGGCGUGCCGAGAAGCGUGGUCGUGCUCGCUCGGGAUCAAAGUCGAGUGAUCGAGCUCCUGUUGCUGAUCCGUAUUAUAUGCCGUAUGCUUAUGGAUUCCCGAUUAUGGUCCCUUACUAUGCUCCUUACAUGGCGGACCCUUGCAUCAACUCCGAUAUGUACGCGUGUAACCCCAGUUGCAUGAAUAUUACUGUGGGGGCCGCUGGAAAUUGUUGCGCCGGCACAUGCAGUAAGUUCUUCCUCCGAGUUUCUAGAAUCAUUGAUUGGGUUUUGACUUUUCAAAAGGCGGUAGUGCAGCUGCAGGGAGCUGCGGAGCAGGAUGUGGUGGCAGUGGAGGGUGUGGUGGUUCAGGUGGUUGUAGCGGAGGAGGCGGUGGAUGUGGUAAGUCUUGAUGAUGGUUUCACAUCAGCUGCAUACUAA